CAGCAGGCGAGGAGAGCGCGACCAAGACCAUGUCAACGCUGCCAUCAGGUUUUUAAAAAAGGCCGCCGUAAGCCACAGAUGGACGUGCCAAGCCUGGAGCUAUUCGGGCCCGAUGCAUUAGCCGGUUGCGUGUCGAGCCUCCUGCAGAGCUACAGCUGCCGGCGUGACCCGGAUGAGGACUCCGUCCAGCUGCUCGGCAUGCUGUUGCUCCAGCAGCUGAUCCUUGAAGAGCGGGUGUCCGUCAGCAUCCCGGCCGCCGCGCGGCUGCCGCUGCUGCAGCUGCUGCCAUACACGUCUGCCAGCCUGAGCGCGGCGCACGUGGCGGCGCUGGCGGGCGAGGCUGCGGCGGCGGCGGAGGGCUGUGGCAGCGGCAGCGGCAGCGCUGGCGCCUCGGUGGGUCGGGCGCAGCAGCACGCGGAGCGGUCGAGGCGGCUGUUCGACUGCCACGAGCGGGUGAUGGCACUGGUCGCCCGACUGCUGUGCAGCGGCGCCGCCGCCGUGGCGGCCGUGUCCCGCUGCGUCCUGCGGACUCAGGUGCUGCGUACACACAGCCGCGUGGCGGCACGCGCCUGUGCCGCCCUGCCGGCCGACCCCGAGCCGCUCCUCAACGCCAUCAACGACGCGUGCCGUCUGUUGCUGGCACUUGCAGCGGUGGCCCUUACCCCGCGCAUACAAAGGGAUGCAGGCAGUAGCUGCUGCCUCAUUGGGCCCGCGGCCGCCAAUGCCGACGGCGGCACAGCCAGUGGUGACGGCGGCGGCAUCAGUGGCGGCGGCUGCGGCUGCAGAGGUGCACGCAAGAGCACGGGGGUGGGCGGGCACAAGGCGUCAAUGCUUCUGGAGGAGCUGAGCGAGAGCGGCUUCCUGGAGCACGCGGCCCGGCUGCUGUUGUACAGCACGCAGGCGGACGGACAGCUCCAGCGGCGGCGGCGCGGGGACACAUUUGUUCCGGUGCUUCGGUGCCUGGAUGCGGGGCUGGUGGCCGCCUAUUGCUGGAUGGACUCAGUGAGACAGCCGGCCGCCGGCGACGGCGCUGACACCGCCACCACUGGCAUCGCUAGGCAGCCAUCGGCUGCGGCCACGGCUGGCAGGGGCUCGCUCCGGCUGCCGCCGCCGCUGCCCUGGGGCACCUGCCUCCGCACGCUGGCGCUGUCGCAGGUGGUGGCGACGCUGGCGGCGGCGGGCUUCGGCGGCGGCGCGCGGGGCGUGUGGGGCCUUCCGGAAGACCUGGCGACAGGGCUGCCGGUGCCUGGCGUCAGGGGCGCCGCGAGCACCGCUUGCGACCUGCGCCCCCAGAUGCAGGCGCUUCUGGCGGAGCAGCAGCACACUAGCGCCUCCCAAGAGUUGUCCGGCGGCGGCGGCGGCGGCGGCGGUGACGGUGGCGGGGUAUUGCCGCUGCUGUUGUGGCUCUCGCCAGUGCCGUUCGCGCUGCUGGCGCAGCUGCUACAGGCGGACACGUUACAGCCCAGCGACGCCGUUCAGCAGUAUAGGGGCAGCGACGGCUUGGGCAGCGACGGUGGCAGCGCGGGAGGUGACGGCGGCGGCGGCACGCUGGGCACAACUGCGCACCUACCCUGGCCAGUUAGCCGCCGCGCACUGACGCGUGUGUGCCUGCGCGUUGUGGACCUGGCAGCAGCGUCCACAGAGGCAGCUGCUGACGACGAAGCGUGUCCGCUGCAGCAGCAGCCGGCGACGCCGUGCACAGCCGGGCAGCCGACUGUUGCAGAGGGCGCGGCGGCGGCAGCAGCGGCUGCGGCCGAAGCGGCAGCUGCGCUGGCGGGGCCAGUGGCGGGAUCGCCAGCCCUAUACCAGCUGCGGCUGCCAGCCAGGCAGGCGCUACACGCCGCCACGGAUGCGUUGAUGUCCGCGAGGUGGCUGCUCGUAGAUGACGGGCAAGUGCGGCAUGCGGCGGCGGCGGCAGCGGCAGCGGCAGCGGCGGGCGCGGGCCCGGAGGCAGCGGGCCCGGAGGCGGCAGGCGGCGCGUCGGGGUGCGACGGCUGUCCGCCCCUGCCGCGUAGGUACUGGCAGGCGGCCGUGCAGAUGCUGCGGAUGGUCCCGCAGAGCAUGGCGGCCGUUAUCUUGCCGAAUGGGCCGCGUGAUGCGGCUGAGGCGGCGGGCGACGUCUCUAUUGACAACCUGUGUAACACACUACAACAGGCCCUGUCCACGACUGCAGGACCAGACACGGAAGUCCUGCUGCACACUGCGCCGGCGAGCCUGGCUGCUGCGCUGGCGGCCGGGCUGCUGCCGGCACUGGAGGUGGUGCUUCGCCGAACCGGCGACACCGAGGCCGCCGUCCGGGUGGCAAUGUCCGCGUUAGCGGUUGCCAAAUGCGGCGGCAGCAGUAGCGGCGGCAGCAGCGGCGGCGGCAGCUGCUUCUGCUGGCAACUGCUGCAGCGGUUUAUGGCCUUCGCGCCGCCGCGGCAGACGGCGGCGCUGAUCACGAGUAUGGGCAAGCGGCUGAGCGCCGCGGUGGGGGAGCUGCACGACCACACGGGGUUGCAGUCGCAGUCGCAGUGGCAAGGCUCAGGGCAGGAAGAGGGGGACGAGCAGCAGGCGCAGGAGACUACUGGGUGGGGCGGCAGCCGCUGUGUGGCUGGGGCGUCGUGCUUGGCGCACACGGUGGUGGAGCUGCUGCCGCCGUUGCCUCUGGUGGCGCGGAGCACGAUGCCGCUGGUAGCCCUAGCAGCGUCGGAGGCGGAGGCCGCGGCGGCGGCGGCGGCGGCGGCGGCUGCUACAGUCGGCGGCGGUGGUGGCAGCGGCCAUGAUUGCAGCAGUGGUGGCGGUGUUUAUGGCGGCGGCGGCCUGGCGGGCCUCCUGGGCUGGGCCUCCCUGCUGGCGGCGUCGUCAGAAAGAGACUUGUAUUGCACACGUGGCAGCCCCUGCCCCCCCGCUUCCACAGCAGCCGCAGCAGGGCCGUGCGCAGCCGCCACGCCGCCCACCGAGGAGGCGCAGCAGCUGCUGCGCUUGCGUGCGCGGCGGGUGCGGCUGCUGUGGUCACACGCGCUGCACCGAUGGCUGCCGGCGCUGUCGCGCCUGACGGACCCCCUUUAUGGCCUGGAGCUCUACCGCGAGCUGGGCAGCCUGCUAGGGUGGGUCACGGCAUGCAACGUGGCGCUCGGUACUGCGGAAGCCGCCGCCGCCGCUUUGGGUGUUGGCCUUGGUGUUGGUGCUGGAGUUGGAGGUAGCGGCAGCGCUGGUGGCGGAGCCGCCGCCGCCAAUCACACAGCCGCCGCCGCGGCAGCCAGCUGGCGGCAUUUCCUGACGGCCGACGUGGACUGCCUGGGGCUCUUGCACAAUGCACUGUCGCAACUCGACGCCUGCCGAGCCGAGGGCACAGAAUGCUGCGACCUGGCCUUAAAGACAGUCAUCGCCCUGAACGUCACCAGCCUGGCGCUGCCGGAAGAGGUUGACUCCCGGCUCCGUCCGGACUCACUGUGGCUGCCUCAUGAGGUCCUCUCGCUGUUUCAGUACCACACCGCGGGCUGUACAAUCGUAAAUGGGGCGGUCGCCGGGCGGCCGGGCGGUGGCGGUUGUGGCGGUUGUGGCGGUGGCGGCGCGACGCACAAUGUCCUGGCAGCUUUCGAAGCUCUGGCGAUGUUUGUUGCUGAAGAAGAGACCAGCGGUCGGCGCCGCGGUCACUUCGCGUGGAGAGACUUUGCUGGCGGCUGCGCCGCCCGCGCGGCGCUCUCGCGCGACUUGUUGGGCAGCUGGGAGGUGCUGCUGCCACUGUCGCCGCGGGAGGUGGCGGAUGAGGGGUUGGCAUUGGCGGCAGCGGAGCUGGCGGCCUGCUCGGCGCCGGCUGCUGCCGCUGCUGCUGCGGCUGGGGACCAGAUUGUGGCGGAGAUGUCGAACAGCGGCGGCCCGGCCGAGCCUGGCGCCGGCAGCGCCCCUGCAGCGCCGGUGCGGGCGCGGGCGCCGAUUGCGGGCGGCGCCACAGCAGGGCUGGCGGCAGCUGAGUGCCAUGCUGGCGGAGUCGCCAGCUCUGACCGGAGGGCCGCGGCCUCGGCCACAGCCUCGGCCACCGGGGCUACAGCAGGUGUCACAGCCGCUGCUGGCAGUGCCGCGCCGCGCCUCCUGGACGCAGACGUGGCCGCCGCAGCGUCGCUGCUGCCGGCCUGUUGUGCGGACCCGUUGUGUGAGGCUCUGGACGGAGACAGUGAGCUGCUACAGCCGCCCAUGUGGAGCUACUGCCCCGGGUGCGGCGGUGCGGUGGCGUACUGCAGCCGCGCUUGUGAGCGGGCACACGCGCAUGCAUGUCUGCAGUGAGGACUGAGGUGGGGUUCAGCCGCAGCGUCAGGGCGUCAAGGGCGCGGAUCCAAUGCUGACAUUCAGGAGCGCCCCUGCUGACAUUGGAUCUGGCUCCGGCAGUGCCUUUUGUAUGGCGAUGGUGUGGGAUUGUGUGUUAGCUGGUGGGGGUGGGGCGGUGGCGGUGUCCGAGUUGGUGUGCCGUGAUUGGGAAGGUUGGAACGGCUGGCUGUUGACCGCUGGCGCGUAUCUAGGUGCGGCGUAAGUAAGGCCAGCACACAGGAAGUCCACUCAACUACUCAAAUGCAUUUCGCACCAGCCGGAGCCGUAUUUACGCGCACCUCGGGCUAUCUACGGGUCGCAGCAACAUGGCCACUAGGUGUGUGGUGUAUGGGGGGACAGGGUAAGGGUGUGCGAUGGGACAGGGGAAGGGGCAGGGUGGCGUUAGUCCGGUAGUGUGCAGCGUAUUCCCAGACACCAACAUUCAAUUGCAACGUCAAGGCAACGUCAAGGCAACGUCAAGGCGUGUGUGGCUUGAGAAACGCCGGAGUUACUGUACCGAGACAUCGCUGACAUGCUGGCAGGCUGGCACUUUGCUGACGCGCAUUCCUCGUGCUCCGGGCGCCCGGCCAGGCGAUAGCACCAGACGCUCAGGCAACAUGAUUUCAGGCUGCGCCCGUCACGGCUGUGUAAUCCACAGCUCCU